UGGGGACUUUCUCUUAACGAAGCGAACAACGCCAACUUCUCCAAAGAGGAGCCCGAUCCCACCCCGCAGCUUUUAAAAUCCUUUGCAGAAGAUUACAUUGCUACAAGAAAAAAAACUGCCCUCGCAGAAAUCUGCAUGUCUAAACUUCAUCAAUUUUACUUCGAGGUGGGAGCGAGAAACUUCUCGCUCCCUAUCGGGUCCAGUCAAGAAAGAUGCUCUGAAUAUGAGGCACGUGAAAGCGUUAUCAAGACGAUAGAUAUCUGUAAGGCCCUAAUUCUCUUCCGAUCCUUCGUGGCUGAUCUGUUAUUUGAAGACCCAAAAACUGGUUCAGGAAAGCCCGAUUCUUGGAUUUAA